AUGCGCAACAAGAUUGGUCAGAUAACCAUGGAUAAUGCAUCCUCAAAUGACACCAUGAUGGUCGAGUUGGAGACCAUCCUCGUUCAAGAGGGUAUUCCAUUCCAUCGGGAUGGAAAUCGGAUCCGGUACCUCCGGUUGCGGACCUAUGCCGAUAUCCUCGCAGGCAACCCUGUCCAGAAGGUCCGUGAUCUCGUUAGCGCACUCCGUUCUUCCGGACAGCGUCGGCACGACUUCGAGCAGUUUAUUAGCGAAGGCAUUGCCUCGCAAAGCUGGCCAGACCAUCCGCACAUUCAGCCCUUGCAACUUCUUCGCGACUGUGAAACCCGUUGGUCGUCGACAUUCCUCAUGAUGGAUCGCACUCUUCUACUGUACCCGGCUAUUGAAGACUUCGUCAAGCAUCCAUCCCGUGCAGAUCUAUCGAAGUAUCUUCUCAUGGCCAAUGAUCGAGCCGUUCUUGCUGACAUCUAUCAAGUUCUCGAGGUUGCUCAUCAAGCGCAACAGCUUGUAUCUUCGGAGAGAACACCUACACUAGCUCUUGUCCUCCCUGCUUAUGAACUCCUUGUUGACUCCUGGAAGCAGCUUCGCAUUCAGCUGCCUCCGCUUGCUCAUCUCAUUACUCUAGGAGUUGAGAAGAUAGAAGAGUACAUGAUGAAGUCUCGGAUGUCUCGUAUGUACUCACUUGCCAUGAUCGUAAAUCCAAUGUUCAAACUUUCAUGGAUACAACAGCAUUGGAGCGAUCAGGAAGCCAAAGCAGCACGCAGCUGGGCUUUGGAAGCGGUAUGUCUAUUGUAUGCUCCACUUGUCAACAGAAUGAUCUGA